GCGCCUCGCUUUCCUUCGCUUGCUUCGCCUGCGCCGUUGCUUGUUUCGUUUGUGCUGGUUCGGUUUGGUUUGCCUAACAUUGCAGUUGCCCGUCGCUGCAUCCGGUGCGGCGGGCAAUCUAUCCUUAGGCGAGAACGAACCCCAGGGUUGGGCGCUUUCCUAGCUCUUCCCGCCUGCUUUCUAAGCUCCGGCCGUCCUGCCUUGUCCCAGGAUUCGCCGGUGACGAAGCAUGCAAAUUUCUCCUAUUUUCGAAUUUUUUUGUUUCAUUUGCUUGUUGUUCCUGUAUGUGGCUAGCGAUGGCAAUGGCGAGAGUGACGAAGAAAAUCGAUCGGAUUCCCAUUGAUUUCCACGCGAAAGAUGAGAUCUUAACCAGCUACUUCUGACUCGCGAUGCCGCUGCCACUGGCGUUAUUAUUAUUAUUAUUAUUAUUAUUGCUGUUUUGUUUUUCCCCUGUGGGUGCUGUUUUGCCUUUCCUAUGGAUGGAUACCUGAGACGCUAAUCCUGGCGGCCGGUGAUGUGACAAAAAAUAUUUGCUACUCUUGAUGGGGCAGGAGCCCCGCCUGAUGAUUACGAACCACCAAGAUCUCUGAGGCCCUCUGUAAUAAACCUUGGUGUUUGUCUCUGAAUGUAUUGAAAAUUUGAAAUAAUAUUUUUAUGUAAAAUUGAUGCUUAUAUAACUCGUCUGUAUGGAUGAUGAGCUGAGGUGAGCUACCCUGGUCGGUAGAUACUCAUCAGAUCCCCUGCUUCUUUCUCUUAAUCAAUUUACUAUGAUGCGUGCGCUUUUCUGCGUUUUGAUCUCCAACUGCAAGCACAUAUCGAAGGCUUUGUAGGCUUCUAUCGACCUAUUGAGCUCAAAUUCUGUGCUAUAUCAAUCGCAAUCGUCAUCUCUACUUAUGAUUGGCAUGAUCUCCUACCACCUUACGUGGAGGUCAGGACUCUCUUGGUCAUGCAUACUCAGAGGAUCCGUCAUGGCGAAGAACCCCAAGGUGUUCUUCGACAUCCUCAUCGGCAAGUCCAAGGCCGGGCGGGUCGUGAUGGAGCUCUUCGCCGACAAGGUGCCCAAGACGGCCGAGAACUUCCGCUGCCUGUGCACGGGCGAGAAGGGCCUGGGCUCCGCGGGGAAGCCGCUGCACUACAAGGGCUCGGCCUUCCACCGCGUCAUCCCGGGCUUCAUGUGCCAGGGCGGCGACUUCACCCGGGGCAACGGCACGGGCGGCGAGUCCAUCUACGGCGCCAGGUUCGCCGACGAGAACUUCAAGCUGCGCCACACGGGACCCGGCGUGCUCUCCAUGGCCAACGCGGGGCCCGACACCAACGGCUCCCAGUUCUUCAUCUGCACCGCGCAGACGCCCUGGCUUGACGGCAAGCACGUCGUCUUCGGCAAGGUCGUCGAUGGCUACGCCGUCGUGGACAAGAUGGAGGCUGUCGGUUCUCAGUCAGGUGCCACGGCCGAGAGCGUACGCAUCGAGGACUGCGGCCAGCUUGCCGACGACUGAGGGCCUCGCUGUGUCCGAUUGUAACCAAAUGAAUGAUCAAUAAAUUUCUUUCUUUCAUUCUUUUGUUUCUGUGGAGAUGGAUACCGGCCUGUAGUUAAUUAACCAAUAUAAACUAUGGAUGGAUGGGGCGGUGAUUUGAUCAAGACAUCUGUAUUUGUUACUCUUA